CGCCUAUCUCGCGCUGUGUCAACGUGCAACGCCGUCUGCUAGCCAAGUCAAAGAUGUUAUUAACCAGGAGAUUCCAGCUGUCGAACGCCAUCUAGUCAUGGUACUUUUAAGACAGUUGUGACAUCAUUAAGAAAGCACCAGGUGGCGUGUCACUGAAUAUUUCAACCUAGCACGGAGAUUUCUCUGCCAAGCCUCAAAUUAAAUUGGCCCGGGCUUGGCACGGCCAGGUCGUCUAAGAGGAACUAAUUACUAAGCCAAUGUAUGCCGUGUAAAUAUAAAAAUUUAAAAACAAAAUUAUUUUUUUUUUACCAGUGGAGGUAUACAUUUUUAUUUUAGGCAUGAGGGGGUACAGGAACCAUGUUUUUAUAUUCUUGGCGACAUGGGCGUCACUUUUACCAGUGGCGUGUCCAGAUACACGACACAAGAGGCAGAUUCUGUCAGAACAACCGAGGAUUCUAACAGACAACGGCAAUCUGGUAUUUCAGUCAGGCGUCAGUCGAAACAUAACAUUUCGAUCAGGUCAAAGCAGUGCCAUCUAUUUCAACAAUGUCGACCUGAGCCUUGGGCUACUACAGAUCACAUCGCAUAACAUGAGCAUCUCCAGUCUAAAUAACAGAACGAUAGCUCUUGACGCACAGCUCCUGAGUUUAAGAAGUGACCUAAAUGGCGCCAAGCGGAAUCUCUCUCGAACUUCCAGGUCGCUCUCACGGUUGACCAACACAAGCACUAGCAAUUUGGAGGAUUUGCGACGCCGUCUGGCACAAGUGCAGAAUCUAAAUGCCACAUUAAAUCUCAGGAUCCAGGCAUUGGAGACAAGAUUUGAAGGACUCGUACGAAACCUUACAAUCAACGAAUGUGCCAGUGGCGGUCAGUGUCUGAAUGGUGGAUCGUGCAUUGACCUGUACAACGACUUCUAUUGUCUCUGUCCGCCACAGUGGAAGGGCAAACAGUGUCAAACAGACGUGGACGAGUGUUUGAUCUACGGUACUACAGCCUGCCAGAAUGGUGGAACUUGUGUUAACACUCUGGGCUCAUAUAAUUGUCGCUGUCCACAUGAUUGGUUUGGUCCCACGUGUUCAGAGCAGCACGACGAUUGCAGGGGGAGCAACGCUUUAAGAUGUGGGAAAGGAACAUGCGUGGAUUUACAGAGAAACCAAUCAGGGCAGCCUCACUAUCAAUGUGUGUGCUACCCGGGCUAUACAUUGGAUACAUCCUGGCAGCCACGCUGUGUGGAUAUCGAUGAAUGCCAUCCAUUGUCUGGACAGAGGUAUCCAUGCUCCACCGUCCCCCACGUGGUCUGUGUGAACACUCCGGGUCAUUUCCGGUGUGAGGCUUGUCCCCCAGGCUACGACGGUAAUGGAGCUGUUUGCACACCAAGUGAUCGCUGUAUGUUGAGCAACGGCGGAUGCAGUCCGAAUGCCAGGUGCUACGCUCCCUAUGGUUAUCCAAUAUCCUGUCAGUGUAACAAUGGAUACGUUGGUAAUGGAUUUGGUCCAGAUGGAUGUGCGCUACAAACAUUGGCAGGGGCUUGUAGGUCCAGCCCAUGUCAAAAUGGAGGCAUCUGUGAGCUCCAUUCUCAAGACACGAGUUUAUUCGUCUGCCGUUGUGCACAAGGUUACGCCGGCCCCACAUGCGCAGACGUGGUUCUACCAUGCAGCAGCAAUCCAUGCCAGAAUGGUCAAAACUGUACCAAUCGUAAUGGGGGCUACGUGUGUACGUGUAAUAACUUCUAUACCGGUUUCAAUUGUGAACGCCAGCAAUCAGAAUGCGGAAACUUAGAGGGUGAAUCUGGAUCAAUGCAAUACCCUCUCUCUUCAACAUAUUACAAUCCUGCUACUGCUUGUACUCACCGCAUUUCGACAGUUCCUGGAAAGAUCUUGACCUUAAACUUUACACGAUUUGACCUUGAGGCGGCUUUCUGCCGGUAUGAUUAUCUCGAUAUAUUUGACGGGCCCAGCUCUUCAUCGUCUUCGCUUGGUAGAUUUUGCGGCUCAACCCUUCUAGGUCGCUUACUGACCACCACUCAACAUCAAGUGACCCUAGACUUCACGUCAGAUCAAUAUGAUCAUUUUAGGGGCUUUAGUAUAUCUUGGACAUCGUCUGACCCAGUUUGUGGUGGUAUUAUCUCUGGGCUAAGUCAGGGUAACAUCACCAGCCCUAAUUACCCUCAUGCCUAUCCGCCUGGAUCUCAUUGUGUCUGGCGUGUAGCAGCGGCUGCUGGAAGCACCAUCCGGUUUACAAUACAGUUUGUCGACCUGGCAUGCUCCAAUGGAUUUAUAAAAAUUUAUGACGGUGAAGAUGAAAGCUCACUUCAGUUACUACAAAUUUGUGACUCGCCCGCUGAACAAGUGAUAUCUACAACAUCUCCAUUUGCAUUUGUCAGGUUUUACUCUAAUUAUAGCACUCCACAACAAGGCUUCUCCAUCCCGUUUCAACAAAUAACAGGCCAGUCAUGUGGGGGUGAAUUAACACAGACUAGCGGAUCAAUUUCUAUCAACAACCCAGAUCGUCUUGCCUGUGCAUGGUCUAUAAGAGUUCCCGAAGGCUACAUUAUAACUCUUUCAUUUUUAACUUUCCAGCAACCCUGUCAGAAUGGCUUGUUGACGGUAAGAGAUGGUAUCAACAUAACCUCGCCCGAUUUGAGCAGAUUGUGCGGCAAUACUGUCCCGGGGGCAAUGAAUUCAACAGGAAACACGAUGCUUAUCAUAUGGCACUCAACAACUUCCAACGUGGUCAUCAGCGCACAAUAUAAUGCAGUUUGUGGUGGAAAAUUUGUUGGGGACUCGGGCACUUUCAAAACUCCAACUGUAUAUUCAGCUAGUAUUUGUACUUAUCAGAUCGAGGUGCCUGCUGGCAAGACCAUUCUCCUGAAACUCUCUGAUGACCCAACACACCUCAACCCAAUUAGACAUAUAUGCGACUUAAAUAUUGUGCUUUCUGAAACUGGAUUUGGAAGUGAUAGCGUUACCUAUCCAUGUCUUGAGAAUGUUCCCACUGAAUACAGAUCAAGUGGAAAUCAGUUGUUCAUUACUUAUGAUACAGAAUCAGAAAAUCUGUUGUCAUUCAUUGCCAAUUUUUCGUCUGUGGAAGGUAGAGGAUGUGGUGGUUACCUGAACGGAGAUCAAGGGUUUUUCCAAAGUCCUGGUUUCCCAGAGUCAUAUAUUCACAAUGAGAACUGUACUUGGUAUAUUACUGUGAGUCCUGGACAUGUUGUCAGAUUAACUUUUCAAGCUUUCAACCUUGAAUAUCAUUCAAAUUGCCUAUUUGAUUACGUUGAUGUGUAUGACUCGGAUACACCUUUGGAUAAUCGCAAACUUAACCGGUUCUGUGGACAGACCAUACCACCUGCUCAGACAUCAACCAGCAAUGUUAUGGUUGUCCAGUUACGCAGUGAUCAUUCAAUAGUUGGACGUGGCUUUCAGGCUUCUUACAUAGCCAGGAAUGAUUCAUUUGAGUGUGGAGGGACUUUAGUGGCUCCAAGCGGAAGCAUCAAGUCACCCAAUUAUCCCAGUAGCUCUCCUGCAGGUGUCAGCUGUGAAUGGGUCAUCAAUGUGAGCCCUGGCAUGCAGAUUGUAUUGAACGUCUCAGACUUUGAUGUGCAAGACUAUCGAUGCCUAGAGAUUAGAAAUGGCGGCUAUCAAACAUCCCCACUUCUGAUUCUACUGUGCCAACCACCCAGUGGACUAAUCACAUCCCACACAAACCAACUGUACAUAAAAUACAGGACUGGAUAUUACUCAAGAGGAAAUGGAUUUUACCUUCAGUAUUAUGCACUUGCCUCUGGUUGUGGAGGUGAAUUCACCGCAUUUAGAGGAAUAUUCCAGUCACCAAACUAUCCUGAUCCUUAUCCUCCUAAUAGUGAUUGCCAAUGGACCAUUCGUGUAGCACAAGGGAGUAAGAUUAUUCUAUCCUUUGAUAGUCAUUUCGGGGUUCAUUGUUAUGGAAAUUACAUAGAGGUACCAGAGGGCAGGAGAAAGACCAAACACUUGUGUGGCUAUUAUCCCCCAGCUCCUGUCACGUUUACCAAUAAUCUGGUGGUCAUUAAGUUCAGAAGUAGCCCCUAUGCAAGAGGAAUCGGUUUCAGAGCUUCUUAUGUCGCAGACUGCAACAACCGUCUUAAUGGUACCUUCGGAGCCAUUGAAAGCCCCAAUUUCCCUAAUCCUUACCCUCAUGAAAUUGAUUGCUUGUGGACAAUUGACGUACCGCUGGGCAACAAGAUCAAUUCCCACUUUGGUUUAUUCAAACUGGAAGAUAAACACAAUGGAGUGUGCAACUAUGACUAUGUUGAGGUGCGUGGAUCUAAUCUUACAAAUAAUAAAUUCUGUGGUGAAGAUGCUCCUGUGAACAAUUUUUUGUCUAAUGCAAAUACAUUAGCAGUGCAGUUUCACAGUGAUUCCUCACUUAGCCACUUAGGGUUUAAAUUAGAAUGGAUUAUUGAAGGGUGUGGAGAGACCUUUAACCUAAACACUGGAAUAAUUACGAGUCCGAACUAUCCAAGGUCAUAUAAUAAUAGUCAGACUUGCAUUUGGGAUAUCACAGUUUCCGAAGGCAAUGUGGUCAAUCUUACCCUAACAGAUUUUGAUGUAGAAACUCACAGCAAUUGUUAUUUUGAUGGCUUGUUUGUGUAUUCAGAGGACAUCAGUGAAGAGCCAAUUGUCACUCUGUGCCACACUCAGAACUCUACCCAGUCUGUGACAUCAGAGAGCAACCACAUGAUUGUUUUGUUUAAGAGUGACUCAAGUGUAGUUGGCAGAGGAUUUAAUGCCAUUUUCAAUGCAGUUCAAAGAACGUGUGGUAAAGAUUUUACAACCAGGAGUGGCACUCUCACCUCCAAAAACUACCCCAAUGCCUACGAUGUCAGAAAUAGUGUUGAAUGUUCUUGGACGAUAAAGGUGGAAGCCAACCAUAUAGUCAAUUUAACCUUUUCAGAAUUGGAUUUAAAUUGCCAGAAUGAUGAUUUUAUUGAUAUUUAUAGUGGAGAGAAUAGCCUUGGGACACCACUAGCCUCAUCAUUAUGCCAGUUGGGAAAUACAUCUUUUUAUCUCAGUGAAUCAAAUCAGAUGUUCAUUCGUAUGAGAAUUCAUUAUUCCUGGUACAAUAGUCACAAAGGAUUUAGAGCCACUUACAUAACAGCUUGUGGAGGCACCUUAGACGCAGAUGAAGGUAUAAUUAUGUCUCCCUUCUUUCCUGGACGCUAUAACCGAAACUCUGACUGUGUCUGGCACAUUACAAGGACUCCAGUCUAUUUAACAUUUUCUCAUAUGGACAUACCUGACUACAAUCCAUGUACUACAAGUUAUCUUUUCCUGAGCUAUGGUGAAAAUAACAACACGUAUUGUGGCCAGGCUGUUCCUCGUCCUAUUUAUUCUGAAAAUUCACCCAUUAUGGUCAACUUCCAUUCUGGGUACUUAUUUGGCACUGGAUUCAAAGCCAAAUUCUCUACUUAUUUGACAUGCUCUGGAAACCUAACUGCACUGACUGGCAGCUUUGUUAGCCCCCACUACCCACAAGACUAUCCUGAUGAUACCGAAUGCACCUGGCAAAUCACUGCAUCUCCUGGAAAUUCUAUUCAAUUAAACUUCAACGAGUUUGAAUUAACUGGUGAACGAAACAAUGACUACCUUGAGAUUCACUCACCAAAUCAAGCUGGUCCUGUCGUAGGCAGGUGGUUUGGGAACCAGGGUCCAGGAACUAUUACUGGAUUAACUGGUGCUUGGAUACUAUUUAGAUCAGAUUACUCAGGCCACAGUAAAGGGUUUUUAGCUGAAUAUGUUCAAGUCUGUGGAGGAACAUUAACAAAUGCUAGUGGACAAAUUGCAUCCUUGCUCUAUCCUUCUCAAUAUCCAAGUAAUAUUCACUGCAUGUGGACAAUAAUUGUGCAGGAAAAUAAAACAAUACAGAUCACUUUUGAUGAUUUCAAUAUUCAUUCAAGUCAGUUUGGAAGCAAUGAUGUGCUUAUGAUUCUGGAUGGUGACCAAUUCAGCUCUUCCCUUGGGAUGUACUCUAACUCCAACAGGCCUCCAAGUUUCCUCCGUUCAACCUCCAACGUAGUCACUGUGAUAUUUCAUUCUGAUUAUUAUAAUCAGUUGACAGGUUUUCUACUUUCCUGGAUUACCGUAUCAAGUACUGUUUCUACUACAGCAGGACAAGAAUGCAGAGGUGAUUUCAUUGCCAACAGCACUGUUCAAGUCCUGACAUCUCCAGACUAUCCUAACUUGUAUGCCAACAAUUUGAACUGUUUCUGGACCAUAACUGCUCCUCUGGGGAAGCGCGUCUCCAUCACCAUAAACAACAUGUCUCUGGAAGGAACAUCUUACUAUUGCCAUGACUAUCUCCAAUUCCAUAAUGCUCUCAAUCAGCCAGCUGUUACGGGUCGGAAGUGCUCAGACGACAUUGUUGGCAGAGCAAUAUAUUCCUCUUCAAAUUCACUUGGAAUUACCUUUGUCUCUGAUUUUUCAAUUAGAGAUCAAGGCUUUUACAUUACAUAUCAUGAAGACUGUGGAAGUACAUACACGGGAGUAUCUAGUGGUAUCAUCCAAAGUACAAACUAUUCCAAUAACUAUUCACCCAAUCAAGAUUGUACUUGGCAAGUCACUGCAAGAACUGGUAAAACUAUCAAAUUGGACUUUACUCAACCUUUUGAUAUCGCUGGUAGUGCCCCUUGUCAGCAGGAUUAUUUAAAGCUUUUCAAUGGUCCAACGUCAUCGUCUCCACCUUUAAUUCUGAAUGGUUCAACUAAUAUCAAUGGAACUUACUGUGGCCAGACCGCGCCCCAGGGACUGGAAACUUCUAGCAACCAGUUGUUUGUGCAGUUUGUCUCUGAUGGAAGUGGCUCUGGUGCUGGUUUCUCGUUUACGUUCUCUGAAGUUUCAAUUACCUGUGGCGGUACGUUGACAUUGACUGAUUCAUUGAUGACAGGUUUCUUCACGUCUCCAAACUAUCCCAACGAUUAUCCUCAUAAUGUGGACUGCACUUGGAGGAUCAUUGCUCCUGCACUGACACGUAUACGUGUUGACUUUGUGGAUACAUUUUUUAUAGAAGACCACAACAAUUGCACUUUUGAUUACAUUGAAUUCCGUGAUGGUAGUUCCUUUAACUCUCCGCGCAUUGGACAGCCUCUCUGUGGCACACGUCUGCCCAGUACCAUUUACUCAAACUCCAAUCUUCUGUUUGUUAGAUUUAGAACAGAUGACAGCGUAGGACAUGAAGGAUUUAAAGUGAAAUAUUCAAGAGCCACAUGUGGUGGUCGCAUUGCCAGCACCAGUGGUACUAUAACAAGUCCGAAUUUCCCUUCCAACUAUAGAAACAACGAUGAAUGUGAGUGGGAGCUACAAGGAGCAGUCGGACAUUAUUUGUAUUUCACCCUGGACACUCUCAGCUUCCCGCAGACUGAAAAUUGUACCGAUUUCCUGAUGAUUAGAGACGGCAAUGCAACAGAUACCAUUCUGUUUAACAGUUGCACUGAUCAAUCUAUUUCCCAGAACACAUCUGACAACAAGGCUUAUGUUCAAUUCAAAGCUGAUGGAACACUAGUUGAUAGAGGGUUCAAGUUUCAUUUUGAUUCAAGCUUAGAAGAAUGCGGAGGAAAUCUGUACCUCUCAUCAGGAGAGUUCACAUCACCGAAUUUUCCAAAUCUGUAUAGUAACAGACGAACCUGUGUCUGGAGUAUCUUUGCCCCUCAAGACAGGAGAAUCACUUUGACAUUUACAGAUUUUGAUUUGGAAAAUGAUUGGUCUUGUUCUUUUGACUUCAUUCAUGUUUGGAAUGGUUUGGAGUCAGAUUCACCUUCACUGGGAAGGUUUUGUGGUGAUGUGAUCCCACCAGUCUUCAAGUCAAGUGGAAACGCUCUGAAAGUUAUGUUCCGAACAGAUCACAGUUCUGUUGGUCAUGGAUUUAGGGCUGUUUAUAACUCUGAUGAGGAAAUUGUGUGCGGAGGGGAUCUAACAGAGACCACAGGCUUCAUAACAUCACCUCAAACAAAUGAAACGCACAACCUUCAGUGCAUCUGGAGAAUCUUACAGCAAGCACCGAGCACUGUCAGAUUGUCUUUCAAUGAAUUUAACUUGGAGCAGCAUGGAAGUUGUGCCUUUGACUUUCUGGAAAUAAGAUCAGGAGCUGAUAGAUCAGGGGAACUGAUAGGCCGUUAUUGUGGCAGCACAAAGCCAAAGGAUGUACUCAUUCAAGGCAGUAAUAUUUGGGUGAUGUACCGUUCUGAUCAAAGCGUGGCCAGUCCUGGUUUUAAUCUGACAUAUAAAGUAUCUUCAUGCGGUGGAGUUUUAAGAGGUGAUGGAGCCCUUCAAGUUCCUGUUUUCCCUGAAGAAAGUUCUUUUCCUCAAUCUUGUAUAUGGACUAUUGAGUAUCCUGAAGGAAGUCAGAUAGUGAUCAGGCCAGCACGCUUCAACCUAAGUUGUGCAGAUGGCUUCCUUUCAAUUCAAAAUGGUGGCUUUUCUGACUCUCCCUUUUUGAACAACACAGAAAAAUAUUGCAACAUCACAUUACCAGCAGAAAUGAAGUCACACAGUAAUGUAAUGAGGCUGACUGGAGUCUUCAACAGACCUAUUGAUAGCAGAUCAGGAUUUUCAUUAAAUUAUGUGGAAGAUCAAUUAGCCUGUGGUGGACUUCAACAAGGCACCAGUGGAUGGAUCAAGUCUCCCAACUAUCCACGUAGUUACCCUCACAACAUUGAAUGCAGGUGGGACAUCCUUGUGGACAGCGGAUUCUACAUAAUGUUGCAGUUUGACUCGCCGUUCGACAUAGCACAUGAUAACUGCGAAUGGGAUUAUUUGGAGUUAUUUAAUGUCUUGCAAGAUGGAACAGAAGUAUCUUUGGGGAGAUCGUGUUCUAACAUAGCUCCUGUCAAUAUCAGUUCUUCCUUGAAUAAAUUGGUUGUGAAAUUCAGAUCAGAUGACCACACUAAUGGACUUGGCUUUUCUUUGCACUGGAGUCGCGCAUGUGGUGGUGUCUAUACAGCUGAAAGUGGUGUAGUUACAUCUCCCAAUUACCCCAACAAUUACUAUCCACACACCUUAUGUACUUACCUGAUAAAACCUGGGGAUCAAAAACUGAUCAAGCUUCAGUUCACAGACAUGCAGCUUGCAAGAGAGACUAGGGGCUGGUGGAGCAGAAGGUGGAAUCAUUUCUACUGUCAAAAUGAGGAUAAUGUUUUGGUGCAACUCAAUACUGCCUUUGGCAAUUACAGAAGGAUUUGUCGUUUCAGUAAUCAAGUUUUUCACUCACAAGGUUGGCUUAAGCUGAUAUUUGAAGCCACAAGUUCUGAGACAUCUAAAGGUUUCUCUGCACAGUACGAAUCGUCAGACUGUGGGGGCUACUUGAACAGUACCUCUGGGGUCAUCCAGCCUCAUUCUUUUCAUGGGAACUUCACCGGUUCAAGUGAAUGCUUCUGGACUAUCUCAGUUGAAUCUAAUAAGGUUGUCCUUUUAAAGUUCAGUACUUUGUUUUAUACUAGACAAACUUCUUGCAUCCAAAACUAUAUUGAAAUCUUUGAUGGCCCAAAUACAACUUCUCCAUCCUUGGGGACUUACUGCAGCCAAACCUAUGCCUAUAAAAUGGUGAGGUCUUCUAACAGUACUAUGCUUAUCAAAUAUGUGACAGCACCAGAGAUUUUCUUCGGGAGCAGACAAGAUUACCCUUUCAAUGCUACCUACUUGUCAACAUAUGGUCCUGCAUCUGGCUGUGGUGGUACAUUGAAUCAAACUCAAGGAACAAUUACUGCCCCUAACAUUGCAAACACUGGACAGAAUGAGCCAGGACUUUAUUGCAUUUGGGAUAUAACUGUAGGUGAGGAUAAAAUUGUCAGCCUAAAUAUCACAAACAUAAAUAUUCCGACCCCAGCCGGAUGUGAGACUGACUACAUCCUGGUAAAAGAGGGACUCAAUGACUUCCUGGGAGGCAAAUAUUGUGGUGCCUUGACUCCUAUCUCAUUGAAAUCUACCAAGAAUACUGUGAAAAUAAUCCUGGAAACAAGUGCCUUGAGCUCUGCUGCAACCUUCACACUAACCUUUGCUGAACAGAACAGGAUUUGUGGUGGGUUUGUCAAUGCUUCAUCCCCUAGCCAGGUGAUCUCACCUGGUUAUCCCAAUACCUACGGGCAGCCUGUUCUGUGCUCCUGGCUGAUAAAUGUUCCAAGAAACAAUGAGAUUCAGAUCAACAUGACCAGCCGCCUGUGUUCUGGUGGAGCCACAUUAUAUGUGACUGAUGAACCUUUGGUAGCAGCCGGACAAAAUGUUGAUUUGUGUGACCCAUCUCUACAUGACCCAUUCUAUUCUCUUUCUGAGAGUGCUAAAGUCUUGUACAAUGGAACAUCUACCUCUAAGUUUAGCUUAGAUGUUUCUACUGCAGGUUGCCAGAGAAGCUACAGCCAGCCCAGUGGAAGAAUAUUUAGUUCAGGGUUUCCCUUCAGUUAUCAAAACAACCACAACUGUACCUACACCAUUCAAACAGCAAACAAUACCUCAGUGGCUCUUUACUUUAGAGAAUUUAACCUGGAAGCACACCCAAACUGUGUAUAUGAUUUGUUAACGGUGAAAAACAGCUCCUCCCAGGUCGUGGCUACUCUCUGUGGACGAACUCUCCCGAAUCCUGUAUUUUUACGUGAUAACAGAGCUACAUUGCAAUUUUUGACAGACAUUUCAGUCGGUGGAAUGGGAUUUGAUCUCAUUUACAUAGCUUCAACCCAAGGUUCAGGCUGUGGUGGUAACUUGACAGGUCUGAGUUACGGUGUCUUCACAAGUCCAGAGUUCCCCAACAGAUAUCUUCAGAAUCAAACCUGCUCCUGGUACAUUUCACCUCACAGAACUUCCUACUUCAAGUUUGAUGAAGUGUCUGCAGGCUUAGACUGUGAUACUAGCUAUGUGGCGGUCUACCAGGGGACUUUAGACACAGAUCCAUUGAUCAGUACUUAUUGCAAUGUAGCCAAUGUGAGUCCAAGACAAUUUUCUUCCAGCAUCAUGGUGCAAUAUAUCUCCACAGGAAAUGGGACAGCGCCAGUGUUUAAGUUUACCUUUGCACCAACUAUGAAUGAAUUACUGUAAUAGAUUGAAUGAUUGAACAAUCCUAGCAGAUACUGGAAUGUCUUUUAUUAUCAGUUAGUAGUUCAAAUGUUUUCUGUAUUCUGUUUGUAUUUGGAAGUUUUUUUUGAUAGUCCUUUGAAUGUUUUCUGAAUUUCGUUAGGAUAUGGAAUGUUUUUUGUUAGUACUUUGAAUGUUUUAUGUUUUUUGUUAGGAUAUGGAAUGUUUUUUGUUAGUACUUUGAAUGUUUUCUGUUUUUUGUUAGUAUUUGGAAUGUUUUUUGUUAGUAUUUGGAAUGAUUUCUGUAUUCUGUUUGUAUUUGGAAUAUUUUGCGUCAGUAUUUCAAAUGUUUUCUGUAUUUUUUUAGGAUAUGGAAUUGUUAUUUUUUUAUUGUUUAUUUUGUUUUCUUUUAGAAUUUUAAAUGUCUUUUGUAUUUUGCUAGUAUUUUAAAUGUUUUGUUAGUUUUUUUUAAAAAGUAUUUUGAAUGCAAUAUGUCUUUAUUAUUGUUUACACUGUAGCAAAAGUUUGUAAAUAUUUAUAAAUAAACUAAAGGUAUGGUAAUUAUUUUUUAUCUUUGAACUCCCAAAAUGUAUUCUUAUUUUAACUGCAAUAAACUAUUUAUCAUUUUUAUUAAACAUAGAUGUUAUUUAUAAAAAAGAAGAAAUUAUUUUUAUAUUCUAAUUAUAAAAAUACAUUUCUUUUCCCUUUUCUAAUAAUAAUCAAAUUCAUACCUACAUCAUCAAUUUCCUCCAUAGUCUUGAAAUCCAACUUAAUCAUUCAUGCCAUAUGUUCAGAUUAAAAUUAUACUUAUAUCAUUCUUGUUAUUUAUGCUUCGGAUGUUCCUUCAGUUUCUGAAGAUAAUUACAUCUUUGCCCAAAACCUCCAGCAGGAUGACAGUUGAUGGCUGUGGGUAGUGUUUGAAUCCGGGACAUUCAAGACCACUGAACCACAGGUUCCAUAGAUAGUAUUCAAACUAUAUCAUUCAUUAUAAAACAGUAUUACAUUUGUUCAUUCAUUUGACCUAAUACAUGUUCUCCUGAUAAUUAAUUGUAAUGAGAUUUAAAAUUAUUUUUUUUCCUUUUGGUCUUUUCUAAACUCAACCCAAGUGUUGAUGAUAUAUUUCUCUUAAGAAAUUUACCAAACAGAUUAGGAAAUAAGUUUUUGUAAGAUAAUUGUGAUAUGGCUGUCUGUUUUGUACAAAAAAAGUCACUUCUUGCAAUGUCGAAUCUUGGACCAUUUUGUAUUUAAAAGUGAGUGUUUUGAAAGUAAUAAAAGUUAAUCACAAAUUUUGGUGAACAAAGCUCUGUUUUUGUUACUUUUAGUUGUUACGCUGGAACUAAUAUACGAACAUUUACCUUUUUUUCAAACAGUAAUCUUAACCAUUUCUUUUCCAAAGCUUGUAUCAACUCUGUCUGUCUGGUAUAUAGCUCCUCCUUCGUGGUCGAAGAUGAGCACAUUUCUCAUUUCCUAUGGACUCCCAAGAUGACUGUAAAGUCCAAUCCUUGCUUUAAGAAGCCAGCCGCAUACUUGGCAUGGGUAAGCUAGGUCAGUUGCAGAUAGGCCUGCUUCUUCUCUCAGCUUUUUGUUGGUUUGGGGCUCUUUCGCCCUGGCCACUCUUCUUGCUUCAAAUCUUGAGACACAGAGACUCACAGCUUCAUGCGAUAAAGAGCGAUCGAGAGCUAGUGCUUUCCUGCCAUGAAUGUCGAUAUUGCAUUCCUUGAAAGAGCUCUUGAAAGUUUGAGCUUAUGACGUUUGCUAAUUUCUGGCCAUCUAUGAGAAUGUUUGGUUCUGUGACAGAUUUAUUUGGAGGAGGUUGGUGCAGCACUUCUGUCUGUCUGGUACAAAGUGCAUAAACGUUAUUUCUCUCAUACCCAUUCUCAGGUUGAAUUUUCGCACAAUUAUUCAUUGACCUAGACAAGACAUGAAUAAACAAAAAAAUAAUUAGAGAAUUAUUAUUGGUAAUUUUUUUGUUUGUUUGUUUAAUACCAACAAGGGAAUCUAAUACUUCAGUAUUCACAGAUAUGGCUAAAUUUGUUGGGUUUAGUCCCCUUAAAUAAUUGUUAAUGCUAUUUCUUCCUCACGCAUUCUCCAAUCAGAUUGAUACAAUUAUUUAUUGUACCUAACAAAACAUGAAUCAUUAAACAAAAAUACAAAUAGUCAA